AUGGAUCUUGUAGCCGGGGCAGUGGGCAACGUCAUCGUCAAGCUCGGUGAGCUGCUCCAUGCGGAGUACAAGCUGCAGAAGGGCCUGCCUGAGCAAAUCGAGUCUCUGAAACAUGAGCUCGAGACUGCGCAAACGGCUCUCUGCAAGGUGGACGAGGUGCUACCAGAGCAGCUGGAUCCACAGGUCCGGAACUGGGCUCGCGAGAUAAGGGAGGCAUCGUACGACAUGGAAGACAUCCUCGACACCUUCCUUGUCAGCAUCGUCGACAUAGACGCCCCAGCUGAGAACAAGAAAGGCCUGCGCAAACGUCUCCAAGAGAAGAUGUCCAAGUUGUUCAACAAGAGCAUGGCGCGCCACACCAUCGCCGGCGCCAUCGAGGACAUGAAGAAGCGACUCCAGGAGGUGGCUGACCGCCGUGACAGGUUUGCGGUGGCUCUACCUGCCCCGGCGACCAAGCCGGAUCCUCGCCUUGCGGACAUGCACAAAGAAGCGGCGCAGCUCAUUGGCAUUGACAAUGCGAGGGCGGAGCUCAUAGCCAUGCUUCUGCCGACGUCUGACGGCAAUGGAGAUUCUGACGUCUCCAGCGGCGGCAGCAGCAGCAGCAAGAUGAAGAUAGUUUCUGUGGUUGGAGUUGGGGGACUGGGCAAGACGACUCUUGCCAAGGCAGUUUACGAUGAGCUUCGUCCGCGAUAUGAUUGUGGAGCCUUUCUUUCCGUUGGCCGGAAACCUGACCUGGCACAAGUCUUGAAAGAAAUCUUCCUUCUUCUCGACAAAAAAGAGUACGAGGCCAUUCGUGAUGUGAAGAACGAAUCCCUGCUUAUUGGUGAACUCCGAAAAUUCCUCCAAAACAAGAGGUACUUCAUCGUUAUUGACGAUGUAUGGGACAUACCAACUUGGAAUAUAAUCAAAUCAGCUUUGGUUAACAAUGACACUAGAAGUAGAGUACUCACAACUACUCGCAAUCAAGAUGUAGCCAGCAGGGAGGAGGUUUACAAGCUACGCACACUUUCCCCUGAUCACUCAGAGAAAUUAUUCAAAACGAGGCUGUUUGGUGUUAAUGGUGAAUAUCCUACUAAUCACCCUGCGGAGGCAUCUGAAAAGAUUUUGAAAAAAUGUGGUGGCAUACCAUUAGCUAUCAUCACAAUGGCCAGUUUGUUGGUGGGUAAAUCAAGAGAAGAUUGGUUUCAUGUGUACAACUCUCCUGGUUUCUAUCGUGGUAAGGGUAACCAACAAGUAGAUGAUACUGAGUGGAUAUUAUCUCUUAGCUACUAUGAUCUGCCUUCUUAUCUAAGGACUUGCUUAUUGUAUCUAAGUGUGUAUCCAGAAGACUAUGAGAUUAAGAAAAAUUCUUUGAUAUGGAAAUGGAUAGCUGAAGGUUUCGUGGAGAAGAAAAGAGGAACCAGCUUGUUUCAGCAGGGAGAGGAAUACUUCAAUCAGCUCAUAAAUAGAAGCAUGAUUCAGGCGGUCGAGUCUAGGAUCGGCAUAGUAUAUCACUGUCGUAUUCAUGACAUGGUGCUUGAUCUCAUCCGUGACUUGUCAAAUAAAGAAAACUUUGUGACUGCUAUCUCAAAUGAUGAUGAAGGAGUAUCACCACAUCAGAAUAGCGCGCGCAGGUUAGCUCACGAGAACAGAAUUAUGAAGCAAACUCAGCAGGAUGAUCACAUGGACAUGGCACAAGUGAGGUCAUUGGUUGCCUGUAGUUGUGAUAUUGAGAGUUGGGUCUUGCAUCCAAGCUUUAAACUCUUGCGAGUGCUAGAUUUAGACGGAUGCAAAGUAGCUCGAAGAGGCUGGCAGGGUCUUAAGCACCUUGGAAAUCUACUUCAUUUGAGGUACCUUGGGCUACGAAAUACAAGUCGUAGUUAUUAUGAGUUCCCGGAGGAAAUAGGAAAGCUUAAGUUUCUAGAGAUAUUUGACUUGGAAGGUUCUGGCAUAGGGGUACUGCCAUCGAGUGUUUGCCAGUUAACGCGGUUGGUCUGCCUACGUGGUGACCGCUUCCGUACGCGCGCGCCGGAUGGGUUAUUCCUUAGGAAGGUGACGUCACUGCAGGAGCUGUGUAUAAGGAUUGAUUACCUGGAUGAGGAGUCCCAGCGGGAAUUUAUGAAUGACCUUGGCAACAAUAGCGAAGUCAGGGUGCUCGACAUUACUGUCGGUCGCUUGAAAGGGAUGGUGCUGUCAGAUCUAGUGCAUUUACUAGCCAAUCUCCACAAACUCCAGCAUCUGGAACUGACGGAUGGUGAGAUAGGGUGGGAGUGGGUCCAAAUGGAAAUGACGUAUAUUCCAGGGCCCAUUCUCAACAAAUUUCAAGUGGAUCUGAGAGAAUAUCAUGGUGAAGCCGAAACGAGGGAGUGGGACAGAGUGGUGCUUCCGCGGCAUCUCUUGCAUUUGGGUUUAGGUUCUAUACUGUUCCGUCACCUGCCAUCAUGGAUUAGUCCCGCGCAUCACCCCAACCUCUGCUACUUGUGGUUGCGUGUGGCUCAUAUGGAUGAGUCAAGUCUGCGAAACUUGGGUGGGUUGCCAGAGCUCCGCUUCCUCAGAUUGACAACGGAUCGGCCGUCGAUGGCUUGCACGACAAUUGUAGCUAAUAUAAAUACUGCGGUCGAUGGCUUCUUCAAGAAGUUGAGAUGUUGCUGUUUGGAUGGCUGGAUGGUCCAGUUUGUGCUCAACGAGGACACCACCGGUGUUUCGUUUAGCAUCUGGAAUGGGAUGGGUGCUACAGCCUUUGGUUCCAAAACAAAGGAUGAGUACAGCGGAUCAAUAGCACCACCGCCCGUGAUGCCAAACCUCCAAGAGCUUUGGUUUCAUGUUCCCAUCAAGGCCUUAUAUAAGGAUGGAAAAGGUAGCUGCAGUGAUCUCGGACUGGAGUGCCUCCCUUCGCUUCGUAGUGUUGAAAUAGUUGUCAACUGUGUGGGUGCCUCUACUGAUGACGUGGAGAAGGCAAAGGCUGAGCUGAGGAACGCAGCACAACUCCAUCCGAAUUGUCCAAGAAUCGAACUCGAUCUAUUCAAUCCAUGGACAUACCAAGAUGACACAGAGUCCGACGAUGGUGAUAAUGUUUCCGCGAAAGAAGAGGAAGGCGGGGCCUCAGCUGCUGGCGAUGAAGUCGCUGUCACGGACUCAGGAGGCGACAACGCCGCGACACCCAACUGUUGA